AUGACACCACUGGAAAAUAAGCUAGAAAAUACAAAUGAGUCGGAAAAGAAGUCCAGGGUCAGCGCACCGAUUCCCAUCAGAAAGCAAAACCCCAUCGUAGAGAGAGCAGUCUCGCAGAUGCAAGACGAGGACAAGGCACAAUUUGACAAUUCAUUGAGAUCAUAUACGCCAAACACAGCGAAGCGUGUACAGCAAACUGCUACAAGAAGGCCAUCGUACUCGAGUAUUGAAUUCAGCAGAGAAUCGCACUAUAAUUUGGACUAUCCUGAAGGGUGGGACGAGAUAGAAAAAGAGCAAUUGGAUCCCAAAUCUCGAUUUUUUGCCAGAGAAAGGCCCAGGACGUUGAACCUUCCUAGGUUGCUUCCGUAUGAAACUGAACUUCCAAAGGAUCAGGCGAAAUUUUUGAGUCACAUUGUAUCUCAUCUCUACAUCGCUAUUAAGAGUCUUGAUAUUCAGGGUUCCUUAUCAAUUACUGCUAAGGAUUUAGCGUCAUUGAAAAAUGCUAGUGGUUUAUCUGACGUUGAUUUAGCACUUGAAACAAACCUCUUUGAGAUGAACAAUGCCAAUAAUGAAGAUGUCAGUAUGGAUGAUGAAUCGAGUAAUUAUUUUGCAGUAGAGGAAUUUGCUGAGUCAGACAGCGAAUAUGAAGAAGAGGAGGCUGAAGGUGAAGAAGAUGAUGGAGAUGAAGGCGAUGGUAACGAAUCUACAGUUCAGCAUAAGAAGUCUCCUAAGUCAGCUGCAGUGGUGGGUGUUCGUAUUUGGACACAUGAAUUGCUUGUUUGGCUCAAAAUGAAAUACGACAUGCCAUUAAGUUUAAGAAUGAACUUGGCUAGAGUAUAUUAUGCUAUUUGCCUCACCAGAGGACAACACAUUAAUUUGAAAAUUUAUGUCAAAGCAUUCGAACUAUUAACGAAGGAUCAUGAAUUGCUUAAAAAGCACGACUUUGUUCUCCCAUGGGAAGGGUUGUGCAAAGAGUUGGAAAACCAAUUUCCACAAAUAGACUCGUCCCAUGAACAAUUUGAAAAAAAAGACCACAAACAUUUGAUACGCUUGGCUGAGAAGGCAUCUAGCUUCUUUACAAAAGAAUCAUUACCUUUGAUUUACGCGAGGUUUGGCAGUAAGUUUUCAAUUUCUAAUGCGGCCUUAUCUCUUUCGUCCAUGUCUUUAUUGCCACUUCCCUUUACUGAAGGUGGCAUCGACGAUCCAGAGGAUAUUCGUCAUUAUAUUGCAUCUUUCUUUUACGUCUGGUCAAAAUUAAGUAAGAGUUCAGGCAUUGAUUCACAUCUUACGUCUAGACUCGGAACAAUUGCGAUGGCAUCAUUGUUGGAGUUAAGUCGUAAUACAAAUGGUUCGAGUUAUAUGAAUAUUGGAAAAUUUGGUGUCUUCUCUGACGAGCAGAUGCAAUUCUUUAUUAACACCUUGAUCAAUAGUUUGAGCAUUAUGAACGAAAAAUAUUCUUCUCUAAAGACUAAGUUUUUCCAAGGUUUUGCAUCGGUAAUCAUAUUCUCCAUUAAUGGGGAAAGAGGUUUGGAACCUGAUGGAAUAAUUAACUAUCUCGAAACGCUACUUAAUGCGAUAGAGAGUUAUGUGCAUCCUUCUAACAGUGGCGAAUGGUCUAGGUCAAUUUCGAAGUUAAUUUUAAGUAUGGUCUAUCAAUACCAUAAAAGAGUUAAUUUGGAAACGCAGGAAUAUGGAUCAUUGAAGAAUUUACCAGAAAAGUAUAAAUUGACAGACCAAAUAACUACUAAAUUUGUAGAGAUAUUUUUACCUUUAAUUAGAACCGGUGUUCAAUCUAAAAAGCAUAAUGUUACCGAUGAUUAUCUUACCUGUUUCCAUUUAUUGGCAUAUCUUAGACCACACUUGGUAUCGGAACAUAUCCUUUUAGACAUUUAUGAAUCUUUAGAGGGUGUUAUAUCCACACAUAGAGUGACAGUUGCAUUGCGUUCUGUUGAAGAAUUAGCAAGGUACUUUGCAUCAACUCCAGUUAUAAGAGUCCACCUAACAAGAAUAUUACUGUUGGCUUUACCGGGGAUAGACUCGAAUGACUUAGAGAAAACAAUUCAUACUUUAAAUAUGUUUGCAUCAGUUGCUAACUUCGUCCCCUUUCAUGAUUUAACUAAUGGUGAUGGUGAUCCUAAUUUUGCUAUUCAAUUUACUCAAGAUCACUUAGAGUAUUUGCAAAGAAAAAUGUAUAGUACCAAUGAUGAAGAUGUUCAAACUUUUGAAAUUGAUGAUGAGUUGGAAAUUAAUGCAUUGAGAUCCUCUUCUACAGGCUUCAAAAUAAUAAUGAAAACUCUAAGUGAAAGAUUAUUCAUUCUUAUGGAGAAUUUGCCGGACCCUUCGAAGAGUACGGGCAUUGAAAAAGAUUUGGCGGAUGCAUUGCCAAAGUUCUUAUAUGUUGUAUUUGAGUCAUUAUCGGAUGAUAUUUUUUCACAAUUCCGUGAUGAUUUUUUCAAGUUUGUCACGGAGAAUACAUACCAUACGAUUGCUGAUGUAGCAGCCGAAAUUUGUGGUGGUCUUAUAAAGCAUGAUCCAAAAUCUUUUAAAAGAUAUGCGGAAGUUUUGAUAGAUAAAAUUAAAGAGGACAUAGAAGAAAAUGGUGCUGGUGCAUCAAGAACGGGUGUAGAAAUUGUACCUCGCGACCAACCUCUUUUCUGGAACCUUGUUAUAUUAAAUGAAUGUAUCGGAAAUGCUGGAAGUUAUGUUGUUGACUGCGCAAAGGAGCUCAAUGAUUUGUCAUUCUUUUUGAUGGACAAUGUCAAGGGUCCUACGGUAUUUGCAGGCUCCUAUUUAUUAAAUCAAAUGUUACAAUCCACAACUAAAAUAAGACUCAAGGAGAAUAGGUUGAUUUCCCCACAAUAUGAAGAGAAGUAUGGAAUUGAUGAAAAAUGCUGGGGAGGUUUCCAAUUUGAUAAAGAACGAUUCUCAAAAGACAAUUUAGAUUUUGAAUGGUUUAUCCCAACAGAAAGGGAGGUUAAAUUUGCUGUGGAAUGUUUCAGGAGUCAUGUUUCUAAGAGUUUGGAAAAUGUUCUGAAGUUAAUGAAAAGAUAUUCAGAAGCUGGAAAUGGAGACGCUAAUGCAGCGCUUCAGCUUUCGGACGAUCUUAGACUGUACUUUUUGUACUUGAGUUAUUCUAUUAGUGGUAUAUCUUUCUUAUUAGAUCCAUCUUUUGAUGAAGAUAUACCUAAAUUGAAUCAGCAUGAAACACAAUCCAUCCAACAAAGGCUAAUUUUGCUAAACCAAAUAAGAGGAAUGAAAAAUAGUAAACCUUUGGGAAAAGAUGAAUUGCGUAUUGAAAAUAUUCAUGAGAAUUUAGAAAGAAUAGUUGAAGACAUAGGAAGUGAUGACUUAAUAAAUUAUAUGUUAGACUUUGAAAAAUUGGGGGACUAUAAUAUUACUGAUGAAGAUAAUGAUAUUAAGAAUAGGGAAGUUUCAAAUCGUCAUGAUAUCACUGAUUCUUUUUCAAACGGAACCCAUCCUCUAGAAUCUUUAAGUAAAUCUGAAUCACCAGCUCCAUCAGUCGAUGCUUCAGGUAGAGGUACACCACAUAUUGAAGGUGUUGAUAUGUCCAGUAUGAAUCCUGGUAUAACAUUCAGAGAAAGGAAGCUUUAUACUUCUAGAUACUUUUUUGGGGAUGAUAUGGAAACUAGAAGGUCAAGCGAGUUGUAUCUAAUCUUACAUAAAACUCGUAACUUGAUAGGAAAGAGUUUACAUAUUAUAUGCAAAUUUUUAACAAAUCAUUUUCAUGAUAAUACAAAACUUUUCAAGCAUUUCUUAUACUUGAUGAACAUGUGGUUUGCAGAUGUUGGUCGUGAACGUUUAUUGGACCAUAGCCAUGCGAAGAUUAAUUUUGGCUACGUUAGCAGUAUUCAACAUAUAAAUAGGGUUCGUAAGCCAUAUACCAGGAUAGCACUUGGAAGCAGAAUUGAAUCUUAUCAUCUGCUUAGAGUAGCACUUCAUGCUACUGCUAGAACGCAAACUGAUCUUGAUAAAACCUUAUUAGAGGAUGUUGUGAAAUUAUCUGUUUCAACAUAUUUAGCGAUCGCUAAACCGGCUCAAUCAACUUUAGUUGAUGCAAUGAAGAGGUUGAAUGGAUCUUAUAAUGUAUUAAUUCGUUCGUCUUUUAAAUACCUUGCUAAAGCUUUAGACGAAAAUGAUUAUAGAAAAAUUGAAAGUGGAUUAAGUAUUUUCAGCUUGAAGAGAAUUAAAAAUAAGGUUCAAAAUGACUACUUCAAUCUUCAGAAAUAUGUUGAAUUGAUUCAUCGUUGUUUGCUUGUUGAUAAUUUUGAGGUAAAUGAGCUCUCUCAAAGAUUAUUCAAAGGUGUCUAUAAUAGCAUCACGCCACCUAGUAGUGUAUGCUUGAUUGAUCAUUCUGAGGUCGAUUGUAUAAGACCGCCAGAUGAAUAUAUUGAUUUAGAGAUACGUGCAGUUAGGUUAGCUAAGGAAAAGAAAAGAAAAAUCUAUUUUGAAAAGCUAAGAAAAUUGGAAGAUAGUGUUUUGCAAGAUGAGAAAACCAAUUCACAUUGGAAGAUAACCUCCCUUAACUUAUUUUUAAUCAUAGAUUUGCAGCUUGAUUUAGAGAUGACAGUUAACCAUGAUGUCUUACAGUUAUUAGCAAAAGAAGCUUCAAGCGAUCAUCCUCUUAUCUCGAGACUAGCUUUGAAGGGUAUUACAAAAAUGGUAAAUAAACUUUAUCUACUUCAGGUGCUUCAAUAUGAUCUUUCAAAUGCUUAUAACCUUGAUUUUGUUCCAAGUGAUUUCAAGGUUGUUGAUACAUCACCUAUCUCAGGUAAGUCUUACUUUAAUGUUUGGACUCAUGAGAUCAACAACUCAAAUUCUCCAAGUUACUUUAUUGACCAUAAGGCAAAUACAGGUUGGUUGUUUUGGGACAAAAAUAUGGAAGUAGUUACAAAUGAACCUUGUUUUGAACUCAAAUUAAAAGCACAUGAUGCGAACGCUUUGAAAUCGUUUAGUAACUGCGUGACAAAAGAAUGGUUCCAAAAUAUAGUGAAAUUAUGGGUUACGGAUAAUGAAGCUAAUUCUGCAUAUCAAGGAACGGAUGUUUUUGUUACUGCUACCUUAGUUCAUUUGAUAUCAAAUGGGUACAUUGAACAAGUUUCUUUUGACGAUUUAUUAAACAUUGUUAGUGAUACUUACAUUAAGGACGACAAGAGUUCGCAUAUUGUUGUAUGUGAAUUGAUAGCUGGUAUAUUAAUCGGAUCGAAGUUUAUCAAUCCAUCUUUGACAGAUAAGCGUGAUAGUUUUAUAUCCCUGCUCUUGGUAGAAAUUUUUGAACAUGAUUUAUCUCCAGAUAACAGAGGAAUUUGGAACAUAUUCUCUUGGUGGGUUCCUUCACAUAUCGACUGCAGGAGAUUUCCGAGAGUAACUAGAGUGCUCACUGACUUCGUCGUAGACCCAGAAUCAGAUUCUGCUCUAAAAGAAGCAACAAGGUUGAGUUACAUUAGAUCGUUCAUCGCAGCUGUUACGUGGACAUAUCCAAAUCCCGAUGCUACGCUAAAGAUGUGCUUUGAUAAUAUAAACCAUCGCUACCAAGCCAUUAGGGAUCAAAUUGGGGCACUCAUUGCAAUCUUGUCUUUUACUUAUUACACAGAAUCGGUUGCUAGUGGUGAAGAGUUUGCCAACGCUUGUAAUACAAAUUCUGGAAACCUCUUGUACCUUGCAAGUAAGAAAAAUACACUUCUUGAAUUGAUUCCAGAAUUGUUCACCAAGAUCGAGGGGUGGAGAUUAGAAGUUGAACACUUGACACAACAGGAAAUUUUAAAAUCCAAUUAUAUUUAUUCUGCAACAACCGUAUUAACCUGGUUAGGACAAGCAUUAAAUACCAGUGUUUCUGUAUUGUAUCAGGAUGAUGUAGAUACGCAUAUUGUGCCAUUCUUGCUUAAAUUGAUCAAUAUGAAAGAAGUAUGUCAAUUAGGAAACAUAGAUCCGAUAACUGUUUUCAAGAAGGUUUCUCAAAUCCCUUAUAAUGCGCGUACAUUGGAAAGAAUCGUUUGCAUGCUUGAAAGAUAUUCCUUUGAGUCUUUAACAGUAGUCCAAUCGAUAAUUAUCGGUGAAUUUACGGAGACUGUAUAUUUUAAAAAUCUCUUCUGCUUUAGUAAGUCACAAAGACAGAGAAUUAUUAGCUUAACUAAUAAGUUGCUUUAUCAUAAGAAUGUUGAAAUUCGGGAAGCUGCUGCGUCCACUUUGUCUGGAUUGAUUCACAUAUCUCCUCCCAAUGAUAUAAAGGAAAUUGUUUUAGAAUAUAGCAAAACUUAUGCACAAGAUUUGGAUAAGAUGAGGAAGAAACAUAAAAAGACUGGUUAUAAGAAUAUUCCAACAACAGACAAUAUAACACUUCAUGGAGCUACUUUAGGUCUUGGUGCUUUGGUUCAUGCAUUCCCAUUUUUAUCUCCCCCUCCAAUAUGGGUUCCUAACGUUUUGACAAUGUUAGCUAACAAGUCGUCCGGUUUACCUGGUAUCGUAGGAAAAACAGCAAAAGAUACUUUAGGUAAGUUUAAAAAAAAUAGACAAGAUACCUGGCACGUUGAUAGUAAGGUUUUCAACGAAAGCCAAAUGCAAGAUCUUGAAGGUGUUCUUUGGAAAAGUUAUUUUGUAUAG